AGUCUGAAGUUAUGAACGAAAAACGCCAGUAUGGUGGUGGUUCUGACUCCACUAGCUCCAGUAAGUCCGGUAGCUCCAGCCUAUAUUCGUUGAAUGUUGCCCAAAUGGGUGGUAUAGUUGGUG